CGUUUGUAUCAAGUGGAUGAGACAGAUUUCUGUAAAGAUUCCGGAAAUGUCGUUCGCGUUGGUGAGUAACAACUUCUGUAUUGCUUAUCAAUUGUUCUUUUCUUUCAAAUUGUAGUUUCCAACCUACAGUUGCCUGAUAAUUUUGACCAAAUUUAUUGAUUGAUCAUUAAGUCAAGAAGGAAAAGCCCGGCUUCAGUAUAAUUAGGAACCCUUAAAGCCUCGUCUAUAAUUCCUUCCAGCCCUUGCCACCUCCUGCUUUCUGGGAAUACUUUUCCUUAUAGUUUCCCAGCUCGUUCUAAAAGUGAGUUUCAUGCAUGACAUUGUUUAUCGAACGUUUGAUCUUGUUAAGUGUGAGGUAUAACCAAGCCCUAAAGCGAAAUUGGUAUGCUGACUGAAGCAUACCUAUUUCAGUUGGAAAUGUAGAUUGGCCAGCGUAAAGAAUGAAAAAGCUGACGUUUCGAGUGUUAACCCUUCGCAAAAUACUAAAUUAUCUAUUUAACUCUUUCAGUAAUAUAUAGUAUCAUGAUAUUAUCCAACAGGGAUUGUGCCUUCUUUAUGGUUUUCUAGCCAAUCUCCCAACAGCUGUUGGAAUCGAGUGCUACGCAUGCGCAGAUUACCCAAAUUCACCCACCCCAUGUGGUGACGACGCUACCGUGCUGACCUGUCCAUCAUAUUAUGACUCCUGUGCUACAAUGGUGAUGGGCUUUGACUACUCAGGCUUCAACUUCACAACGAUAGCUAAAAACUGUUCCAUGGUUGAUUACGGUGCCUGCAAUGAGAGUUACAUUUGCAGUCUCGUGAACAGUUCAGUGGCCCCUGAUGGAAUCCUGACUGAGUGUUCAGUGAGCUGUUGCCAGGACGAUCUGUGCAAUGGGCCAGGUAUUUACUCAGGGGGAUGGGGACGGGUGGAGGGGGUUUGAGGUGGAGACUCCCACGAUAACAUUAAAGGUGAUUUCAAAGAGCCUUGAAGGAUACCAGGGCCUCGUUUUUAGGGUGAGGUAAAGCGUUUUUACGCUGAAAAAUACCAGUAGUCGAUUCGUAGGACUGACCAUUGGUCUAAUUUCAUACUUUCCCGGUAACACAUAAUUUCUCGUCACAGAAACACUGAACAUGCUGUACAAAGGUUUUUUUUCAGGAUAGGUAACAAAAUGAAUCUUGAUUAUCCAACUGCAAUUCUAUGAUGAUGAUAAGAAAUUUGAACGAUAUCACAUGGAAAAUUGCAAUUGUAUUGAUGCUUCAAAUAAUACUUGAAUCAAAUAAAGGAACCUUUUAAACUGCCGUGAUUGAAUGAGAACUCGAAACAUCGACUGUUUUAAAAAUUUGAUGAAAAAAAAGGCAAAAACUAUUAACUGCCCAGUUUAUGACCUGGAAUAACUUCUUCCACAGCCGGACCAGGACCAGAACCAACAGUUGGGCCAGAGCCUCCCGCUCCUGGACCAGACACUAAGAGGUAUUUUGCUGGGUACCCUGUCUCUAAACAUCUUGGAUCUUCAUAGAGUAGCAAAAAUAUGCUGAGACAGAAGGAUCUGGCUGGAUAAUAACCUUUUCCUUAAACUAACCCUGUUCCUAAGCUAUGCGGCUUUUAUUUGUCUUAUUUUUUAUGGAACUACUUGACUCACAAAAAACAUAUUUUUCUUAGUUUGAGUCGUUGUCUUUGUACUGCUUACAGUAUGAAUAUUUUUAAACAGUUUUCACCUAAUCUGUAGGGUCUCUACAGGCUCUCUUUACUUCUCACAAACCAAAGAUUCCAUUUCUCCAUGCUGUUUUCAAAACAGUGACCACGCUACUCCGCGAAACACCCAUCUAUUUAAAUUAAAUGAAUGAGUAAAGCGGUCAAGAUAAAAUUGAAAAUUCUUGGGCAAGUUAUUUCAAUACAUUUUCAAGUGGCGAACGUAUAGAGAAGUCUAUGGUUAUCAACGUUAUAUUAAACUUGUAAUCGUCGUUUUCAUUUCAGUCGUUUACAGUACUACAUUAAAACCAUACGCGCCAUGCUAGAUCAGGUAUGAAUCAGUCUUGAGGACCUAAAACAACGCCUUCGUAUAUUUCAAUAAGAAAAUUAUGGUGGGGAAGAGUCUUGACAAAAUGCUGGGGAUAGAGGAUGGCUUAAUGCAUUCUAUACCACUUCUUUAAGCAUUUCGACUUCCUUCUUAAAGUUUGGCUAUUUGAGACAAUACAGUUCAGAACAUGAAAUAGAAGCAAAUGAGUUGAUUAUCCCCAAGAGAUACACAUAACAAUUCAUUCUGUUUGUUCGUCUGUUGUUUUAGAUGGAAAGUAUCGUGGAGAACGAAGUCGGAGGCAAUAGGCUAAAAAGGGAAUUCAAAGGUACUAAUUUGAAAUUUAAGGUUUGCAAUAAUCUUAAGUCUCUUGAAAUCCCCUUAGGUAAGAUCCUAUAAUCUAUGCAAUUCUCUAUAUCUCGUUUCAAAAAUCUAUUUAAAAAAUCUUUUCCUUUAUUCCAAAAUGUCUGCCUAAAGAAUAGUUUCGUUAACCUACAGAACGUAUGCGAAGAUCUCUCACAGAUGUGCAACCGGCAUUGGAUAGUGAAGGAGGAAAGCUCGACGCUUUCGUUAAUCAGCUGAAAAACAAUGCUGCAGUGGCCAUGAGAACACUCCAAGCUAAGCAAGGUAUUCAAUCAAUGGCUUUCUAUCUGGUUGUUUUAAAGGGGCCGGGUGAUAAUGAAGGCACUGAAGCCUUUGAAAGUACCGAUAACAACAGGGGUUGCAAUUAUAGUUUUUUCCUCUUAUUCUUCUUGUGGAUCCAGCGCUCAAAAGUCUCACAACACAGCCAGCUACACGUGCUAGGGAAUGUAUACGUCCACUAGUGACGAGUUCCAAGCAUGGGCUCCUCUGUCUCGAAAGAUAUUUCCUAAUUUGAUCCAAGUUUUCAUUCUUUUUUUUUUUCUGGUACGAUAAAAUUAAAUUUCAGAUCGAUUCAAAAGACGUGCUGAGAUGAAACUGCCGCAACAGAAACGAAAAGCCAAAAGAAACCAAUUUCUGAAUGAAGCCAUGAAAACUAUCCAAGAAACAUUUUCAAGGUUGUCUGCGAAAAAUCGCUAAAUGG